AUGCAGCCUCUACUGCUCACGGACGAGAGGGUACGCAAGGCCUGUGAGAAAGCAAGGGAACUGAAGAUUCCAGAUGAGAAGACUCUGCUUGUUCUUAGGAAGCUGUUGAGAGAGAAUGGUGGGAAUUGGGGUAUCAUCAGACUUGAUAACUAUACUGUAUUGAUUGAUGCUAUUUACUCUCUUGAUGAAGAAGAGAAUGAGAACCAAACUGAAACUUCAUCUAAUGCUGUUAGAGGGAAGAGUGGUGUUGUGAAGAGAAGUGAGAGACAAAGUGAAGGUUCAUCUAAUGGGAUUAGAGGGAAGAAUGGUGUGGUCAAUGUCAUUGACUCUCCUCCUAGUGUUGCUCUUAAGAAGCAAACAAAAAUUUCAUCUUAUGGCAGUAGAGGGAAGAAUGAUGUGGUUAUUGAUCCUUCUCCUAGUGUUACUUUGAAGAAGCAAAGUGAGGGUUCUUCUUAUGGCAAUAGAGGGAAAAAUGCUGUGGUCCUUGACUCUCCUCCUAGUGCUGCUCUGAAGAAGCAAAGCGAAGGUUCAUCUUGUGGCAAUAGAGGGAAGGAUGCUGUGGUCCUUGACUCUCCUCCUAGUGCUACUCUGAAGAAGCAAAGCCAAGGUUCAUCUAAUGGAAAUAGAGGGAAGAAUGCUGAUCCCAUUGAUCCUUAUCCUAGUGUUACUCUGAAGAAGCAAAGUGAAGGUUCUUCUUAUGGCAAUAAAAGAAAGAAUGAUGUGAUCACUGGCCCUUCUCCCAGUGUUACUCUGAAGAAACAAAGUCAAGGUUCAUCUAAUGGAAAUAGAGGGAAGAAUGGUGAGCCCAUUGACCCUUCUCCUAGUGCUACUCUGAAGAAGCAAAGCCAAGGUUCAUCUAAUGGCAAUAGAGGGAAGAGUGCUGUUGUCCUUGACCCUUCUCCUGGUGCUACUCUGAAGAAACAAAGUCAAGGUUCAUCUAAUGGCAAUAGAGGGAAGAGUGAUGUUGUCCUUGACUCUCCUCAUAGUGCUACUCUGAAGAAGCAAAGCGAAGGUUCAUCUAAUGGCUAUAGAGGGAAGGAUGCUGAGACCAUUGACCCUUCUCCUAGUGUUACUCUGAAGAAACAAAGCGAAGGUUCAUCUAAUGGCAAUAAAGGGAAGAAUGUUGACUCUCCUGGUACUCUGAAAACAGUAUAUGAAACCCGUUCUGCAACCUCAGGUUUGUCUGUUGAGGAAGUCCAUAAGCAGCCACAGAUGACUAGCAGUGGUGUUCGCAAGAGGAAGUAUAAAACUAUAAUUCAAGACAUAACGAAAGGCUCAGAGAGCGUUGAGAUAUCUCUGGUUGAUGUUAUCGGGACUGAGAAAGUGCCCACAUUUACUUACAUCCCUCAAAACAUUGUAUACCAAAGUGCUUAUGUCCAUGUGUCUCUUGCUCGGAUUUCCGAUGACGAUUGUUGCGCAACCUGCAAGGGAGACUGUCUUUCAGCCGACUUUCCAUGUGCUUGUGCUCGUGAAACCAGCGGAGAAUAUGCUUAUACCAAAGAUGGGUUGCUAAAGGAGGACUUUCUUGACACUUGUCUUAAGAUGAAAAAGGCACCAGAUACGUUCAGUAGUUUUUACUGCCAAGACUGCCCUUUAGAGGAAGAUAAUGGGAAAUGUCAAGGACACUUAAUCAGGAAGUUCAUUAAGGAAUGCUGGAGAAAGUGUGGAUGUGAUAUGCUGUGUGGUAAUAGAGUAGUACAGAGAGGGAUAAAGUGCCAACUGCAGGUUUACUUUACUCCAGAAGGGAAAGGAUGGGGUGUUAGAACACUGCAAGACUUGCCGAAAGGAACCUUUGUCUUUGAAUACAUUGGUGAAAUCUUGACCAACACGGAGUUAGACGACCGGAAUCUAAGAUUUAGUAGUGAACGGCAUACAUAUCCUGUAACUCUGGAUGCAGACUGGGGUUCUGAAAAAGAUCUGAAUGAUGAAGAAGCUCUCUGCCUGGAUGCUACAUUCUGUGGAAAUGUCGCUAGGUUUGUUAAUCACAGAUGUGAGGAUGCAAACUUGAUUGAUAUUCCGGUACAGAUAGAGACUCCUGAUAGACAUUAUUACCAUAUUGCCUUUUUUACCAAUCGAGACGUGAAGGCCAUGGAAGAACUGACAUGGGAUUACAUGAUAGACUUCAGUGAUGAAAGUCAUCCCGUGAAGGCAUUUAGAUGUUCCUGCGGAAGCGAAUUAUGCAGAGAUAUAAAAUCAAAAGGAUCUCGAGGCAAGCCGGGAAUAAGAAGAAAGUUGGUUCAUGCUAAAAGACAACCAGAUACCAAAGCGGUGCCAUUAAAGCGGAGAUGAGGCUGAUCAGUAAAAAGUAAAAACAUUUAGAAAACGCAUAUGCACUUUGAUCCAUCAUGAGCCUCUUGCUUAAUUCAUUAUGAUCGCAACAUUUCUUCUCUUAGAAAAUCACCUUUCUUUAGGUAAAAUGAUCUGAAACUGAACAGAUUCUUAUGGUAAGCUGACAAAGAUUUUUCGGACAGAUAUAAACUCAUUGUUAAUGGUUGUUCUACAGAUUUCAUUGCCAAUGUCAAAUAUAUAAACCAUUAUGCCUUCUUAUAAGAAAU